GUUGAUGUGUCAGCUCCGCGGGUGCUCCGGGAAACUGCGGUGGAGAGAGAAGUGACGGCUCUCUUCCUUGCUGCUAUCUCUCCCUCCCACUCCUGUUCUGCCGGACCCCGCUAUGAAGAAGUUGGCUCCUAAGCUAGAACUUCAGCGGCUUCGUUAGGGCGUGGCCUGAGGCUGAGAAAAGUGCGAUGUAAAACGAAGAUCAGGAGCAGAUUUGAAGACGCCCAAAGUGAACUGGUGCCAGUCACUAUGUCUGAGACAAAGAACGUAGCUGCCAUUCCCUCUGAUAAAAAUAUUGGGAAAACAUCUGAAUUAAAGGACGACUCAUGUAGCUCGUUUUCUGGUGAUGAAAGAAGCAGAUCAGAAAAUGAAUUCAAACUAUUGUCAUUCAACUCUGAAAAAACUUUAUGUCAGCCUAACAAACAUAAUAAUCAAAUUGAAACUCAGGGAAACUAUAAUCCAGAUUAUGGUGGAGGUGAGGAUUCUUGUGCUAAAACAGACACAUGUCCAGAAAAUCCUGAACAAACAGGUGAUUUUCCUAGUGGAGACUUUGCAAAGCAAAUUUCAGAAACAAAUGAAACAGAACAGACAGUAACGCAAAUAUUGGAGAAAUUAAGGUCAUCUACGUUUACAGAAGCAGCUAAUCAAAAGACUUUUUCAGAAAGUCCUUAUGAUACAGACUGCACCAAGAAACUUAUUUCAAAGAUAAAGAGUGUUUCAGCAUCAGAGGAUUUAUUGGAAGAAAUAGAAUCUGAGCUCUUAUCUGCAGAGUUUGCCGAAGAACACCGAGUACCAAAUGGGAUGAAAAAGGGAGAGCAUGCAUUAGUUCUCUUUGACAAGUGUGUGCAAGACAAGUAUUUGCAGCAGGAACACACCAUAAAAAUGUUAAUUAAAGAAAAUAAGAAGCAUCAGGAUCUCAUCUUAGACAUUUGUUCAGAAAAAGACAAUUUAAGAGAAGAACUAAAAAAAAGAACAGAAACAGAGAAGCAGCAUAUGAGCACAAUUAAACAGUUAGAAUCAAGAAUAGAGGAACUUAAUAUGGAAGUUAAAGUUUCCAAAGAUAAACUAGUAGUUCAAGACCUUGCAGCAAAAAAUGCAAUUCAGCAGUUACACAAAGAGAUGGCACAACGGAUGGAACAGGCCAACAAGAAAUGUGAAGAGACUCGCCAAGAAAAAGAAGCAAUGGUAAUGAAGUAUGUAAGAGGUGAGAAGGAAUCUUUAGACCUUCGAAAGGAAAAAGAGACACUUGAGAGAAAACUUAGAGAUGCAAAUAAGGAAUGUGAGAAAAACACUAACAAAAUUAAGCAGCUUUCUCAAGAGAAAGGACGGUUACACCAGCUAUAUGAAACAAAGGAAGGUGAAACAACCAGACUCAUCAGAGAAAUAGACAAAUUAAAGGAAGAUAUCAACUCUCACAUCAUUAAAGUAAAAUGGGCACAAAACAAAUUAAAAGCUGAAAUAGAUUCACACAAGGAAACCAGAGAUAAACUGAAAGAAACAACAACAAAAUUAACACAAGCAAAGGAAGAAGCAGAUCAGAUACGAAAAAACUGUCAGGAUAUGAUAAAAACGUAUCAGGAGUCAGAAGAAAUUAAAUCACAUGAGCUUGAUGCAAAGCUUAGAGUCACAAAAGGAGAACUUGAAAAACAAAUGCAAGAAAAAUCUGACCAGCUAGAGAUGCAUCAUGCCAAAAUAAAAGAACUAGAAGAUCUGAAGAGGACGUUUAAGGAGGGUAUGGAUGAGCUACGAACACUCAGAACAAAGGCAAAAUGUCUGGAAGAUGAACGAUUAAGAACAGAAGACGAAUUAUCAAAAUAUAAGGAAAUUAUUAAUCGCCAGAAAGCUGAAAUUCAGAAUUUACUGGACAAAGUGAAAAUUGUAGAUCAGAUACAGGAGCAGCUUCAAAGAGGUAAACAAGAAAUUGAAAAUUUGAAGGAAGAAGUGGAAAGUCUUAAUUCCUUGAUUAAUGACCUACAGACAGACAUCGAAGGCAGUAGGAAAAGAGAAUCUGAGCUACUGCUGUUUACAGAGAAGCUCACUAGUAAGAAUGCACAGCUUCAGUCUGAAUCCAAUUCUUUGCAGUCACAAUUUGAUAAACUUUCCUGUAGCGAAAGUCAGUUACAAAGCCAAUGUGAACAAAUGAAACAAACAAAUACUAACUUGGAAAGUAAAUUGUUUAAAGAGGAGGAGCUACGAAAAGAAGAAGUUCAAACUUUGCAAGCUGAACUUACUUCUAGGCAAACAGAAGUUACAGCGCUGAGUACCCAGGUAGAAGAAUUAAAAGAUGAGUUAGUAACUCAAAGACGUAAACACACCUCUAGUAUCAAGGAUCUUACCAAACAACUUCAGCAAGCAAGAAAAAAAUUAGAUCAAAUUGAGAAUGGAAGUUAUGAUAAAGAAGUCAGCAGCAUGGGAAGUCGUUCUAGUUCAUCAGGGUCCCUUAAUGCUCGCAGCAGUACAGAAGAUAGAUCUCCAGAAAAUACCAGGUCAUCAGUUGCUGUGGAUAACUUUCCAGAAGUAGACAAGGCCAUGUUGAUUGAGAGGAUAGUUAGGCUGCAGAAAGCACAUGCCCGGAAAAAUGAAAAGAUAGAAUUUAUGGAAGACCAUAUCAAACAAUUGGUGGAAGAAAUUAGGAAAAAAACAAAAAUAAUUCAGAGUUACAUUUUACGGGAAGAAUCAGGCACACUUUCUUCAGAGGCAUCUGAUUAUAACAAAGUCCAUUUAAGUAGACGGGGUGGCAUCAUGGCAUCUUUAUAUACGUCCCAUCCAGCUGAUAGUGGAUUAACAUUGGAACUCUCUCUGGAGAUCAACCGAAAAUUACAGGCUGUUUUGGAAGAUACAUUACUAAAAAACAUUACUUUGAAGGAAAAUCUGCAAACACUUGGAACAGAAAUAGAACAUCUUAUUAAGCACCAGCAUGAACUAGAACAGAGGACAGAGAAGACCUAGCACAAAGCUCCUGCUCAGUAAACAGAUACAGCCACACCAGAGCGGGGGCCACUCACCAGUGGUGUUGGGAACUUUUCCCUGCUUUGUGUGUUAGCCAGUAAACUUGGUUUGCUUCGUCUGUACAAAAAAAUGUAUCCUUUUACACUAUGAAUGCAUUGCUGUAUAUACUGUAAGAGUGUAAGCUUUGAUGAAAUUGGUUUUGUACAGUACAUACAAUAGCCUGUCAUUGAUUCUAAACUACUUAAUUUGCUCACAGUCAUAUGAAGUGCUGAACAUUACUAAAGGGCUUUUUAAAAAAACCCUUGUCCAUAUUUCUUCCUUUUAAAAUAUAGAAUGUCAAAAAUAAUUCAAGUUUUUAAAAAGAAUGUAUGAAAAGACAGGUGUUAAUCAUUCAGUAUUAUGCUAUUUCUCCAACAUCGACAAAUAAAGAAAUGAUAAAAAUUUGUGUUUUGACAUUCCACUAUAACAUUUGGUUGUAUUUUAGGGAUACAUAUGAUUAUUUAAAUCUUUUAAUUUCAAUUUUAAUGAAAACUGGACUUACUAGGAAAGCUAUUGGUAACUAGCAAUGAUUAGGCAUUAUAUGCCUUGGUCAGGUUUCUUUAUUUGUGUUAGGUACAUUUUUUCCAGAUUCAGAUUGAGUUAAUAGUAGAAUUUUUUAAAUCUCUAGUUAUUUAUAAUAUGAUUUUAGUUACAUGUUUAUUUAGAAAAUUCCUGUGGACUUCAGUUAUAUCUUAAAAUGUGAAGUGUAACUAAUCAUUAGAACAGAGAUGAACAAUUCUUGACAGUGAAGUACGUUAGCUUUAUUGACAUUGUGCAUAAAUAAAUGUAAUAGUGUUUAAGAUAUUUAUAAAGAUCCAGUUCCCAAGAAAAAUCAGUAUAUGGCACAAUUAACCAUUUCAUUUGAGCACCAUUCUUUACUAUUGAUAUAAUUAAUUAUGUAAUAGAGUGAAGUAAUGAUACAGUUCCCCUAAAUGUAAUGUUUUGCUAUAUUUAUUUAAAACACAAAAUAAUUAUAUUUCUGUAACCAAAGGAAUUUUAGAGCCAAAUUUUUCUAUCAUGUUGGAUUUUUGCAAUACUUAUUUAAGAUGUACAUUUAAAUGUUGCCAGCCAUAGUAUUUUUAUGUCACUGAAUUUUUUCUUACGUUUUGUAAUUUUUCACUUUAGUUCCUGAGUAUGAUAUUUCAUAUUUCAUUUCAUUCGGAUGAUUAAUAAGUUACCUUGGCUAUGUACACAUGAUAUAGCAAUUCUAGUCUCAUUUUUUUCCUCCCCUUAAGGGAAUUAAUCUUUAGGAUGAUAGAUUAAAAGCCUUUAAAGAAUUAUAUGGGCUCUAAAAGUCAAAUUCAUGGUGGCAAUGUUCUUUUACUGGGUUUUAACUUUUUUUUAACAACUUAACAUUGUUUUCAAAGAUAAUUUCCUAAGGAUUAGGCGAUUUAAUGUAGUGUUUUAUUUUUCUGUAUGUUGAGUCAGAUGUUGUCAUCCAAAAAAAAAUACCAUUUUUUCACUUCAAAAUGAAAAUAUACAUAUGCAUAUUUUUAAAAUAGUUGUGAAAAGUACUAGUACUACCACAAUGCAUCUUGCUCUUUUUACAAAUAAUAAUUUAUCAAAAUAAAAUAAGAGGGAAAGUGUAACCAAAUCUGAAUCUUUUUUCCGCUUAUUUCUAACAUACUAUUGACACUCCUAAAGGCUACGUAAUGUAGGGAAUGUAACUAAAUUUUUCUGCUUCUCAUAUGAUAUAGAUUGAUAGACCACAAUAUUUUUUUCUUGAGACACAAAGUAUACAGUGGAGACCAAAUAGAUGAGAUUAAUAGUGUCCUAUUUCUUUACACUUUAAAUAUAUACAAUGACUACAGACACAAACAGGACAUUUCAGUAUUAAUGUUUGUGCCACCAUCUAUUUUACGAGCUUUAAUGUGAGCCAAUUUUAGAAGAAAGUUGCUAUAAACCAUACAUUGGCUAUGUUACUGUUUCUCCAUAAAUGUAAGAAACUAUGAAGAAAACGCCUCAUUUCCCUUUUGUUCUUCAGUUUCUGCCAUAUCUUUUUGUGUGUAGAUCAGUACUGAGCAAAUAUAUCAGAUACCUGUCUAGACUAAUUCACAAGCAGCUCCUGAUAUGAGGAUCUAGGGCCUCCUGCCUGUUACUAUAAUGAAGAUGUGGAGCAAAGAAAAGUGUGUCUGGAAAAUGAGGAAUGGUCUGGAUAAAUCUGCAGUCUUGGGAGAAGUUUUAUGUUUAUUAUAAUACACAUUAAAGGCUAUUCUGAUUAGUUAGCAAUAUUUUGGUAUCCUUGAGCAAGAGAAGAUUUGUGUGUGUGUAUAUACACUUCACUAGCGUCUAAUUUUGAAUACUUGGUGUGACUCCCUUUCCCCAUACUUUCUCAGACGUUGAGCCUAUUCAGUUUUGAAGAUCGAAGGUGAUGAGGUUGGGCAGAAGAAUGUGUUUGAACUUUGGUGGCUUUUUGUUUUUUUUUGCUUUUACUUUCUGUGUAAUCAUUUAAAAUUACUUAGCUUGAAAUUAAAUUUUAUCAGGUUACCAAGAUGUUAAUCAGUGAAUAAACACAUUUAUUGAAUACCUAUACUAUUGUAUAAGUACCAUACAAGGUAUGGUAGUUCUAUGUAUGAGCAGACCAGCCUGGGAAGUUCCGUCCUCUGGGAACUUAAGGUCUAAAGAAAAUAGCCGGGAGACAGUAGGAGCAGGUCUUGGGCCUCUGUAGCUUAUAACCAGCUCCUUAAAACUGGGCUGAGAAGGCUGCAAGUACAUGGCCCAGACAUCUCACGCUGGCACAAAGCUUUGGAAAACUGAAUCUCUACUGAGGUAUGCUGAGAACAAACUGGUGUUCUCAUGGUGGCCCUGCACAUUUCGUAACUUUUGUCAUAAUUCCCUGUUUAAUUCUUUUUAAGAAAAAGGAAAAAGAAACCAUAAAAUGACAUUAGGUUUUUACCGUUUUAGUAAAUAAUCAGUGCCUAAUUGAUGCUCAUAAAAAUGAAUCUAACCAUGUUAUACAUAUUUCUGAACUUCAGUUUGCAAUAUAUUAUUUUCUUAAAAAAUUUGCAUGUAGGGCGGCGCCUGUGGCUCAGUGAGUAGGGCGCCGGCCCCAUAUGCCGAGGGUAGCAGGUUCAAACCCAGCCCCGGCCAAACUGCAACAAAAAAAUAACCGGGCGUUGUGGCGGGUGCCUGUAGUCCCAGCUGCUCGGGAGGCUGAGGCAAGAGAAUCGCGUAAGCCCAAGAGUUAGAGGUUGCUGUGAGCCAUGUGACGCCACGGCACUCUACCAAGGGCAGUAAAGUGAGACUCUGUCUCUACAAAAAAAAAAAAAAGUUUGCAUGUAAAUUUAGACAAAGAUUUAUCACUAGAAGGAAAAAGUUAGAAACCAUUAAUAUUAUAAGUAUUAUAUGUGCUACCCUGGUAAAAAUAUUUUUAAAAAUCAUGUUGUCAUUCAUACUUUAUAAAUGUUGCCUCCAGUAGUCUAUUUUUCAAUAACAAACAGUUUUUGUUAAACUAAGAUUGUUAGUUUUUCACUAACACCAGUUGGUGGCACUAGAAACCUGAAGUUUUUCAAGGAUGAACGAGAGAAAUAAGGAAGUCUGCAAACACGAAGAAUUUUCAGGAAAAUAAAUGAAAAUUGUAUGUAAAAGAUGUAUUUUCCUUCUGGAAUGGAAUUCUUUUUAAAAAUGCACGUGGCUGUCCAUUUUGACUGCAGUCAUGAAACUUGUUUAUCUUCCAGAGGAUGUAUAUAUAUGUGUGUGUGCGCGCGCACUGUACAGAUAACAUUUAAUUUGAUUACACUGUUCAUUUUGUAAAUGUUUCUGUAUAAAAUGAAGCUUUUCCUAGAGGAUUCUAUGUAUAUAUUGUACUUAUUAAAUAGGUAAUGCCUGUUUACCAA